AUGGGGCACCGCCUGGAAAUCAAUCCUUUGAUAACUUCGCUGCAUAACUUGCUUUCAGAUUUGUUGACCGAAGAAAUAAGGGUGGAUCAGGAAGAGAUAUGUUCCAAAUCUGCAUCUCAAGUGUUCGCUGUACCAGAAAUAUUGGAGAUCAUUCUCAAAUAUGUUGGCUACGAUGACGAGACCAGGAUUCCGAGAGAACAGGUGGUUUCUAGAAGACCUCCUCUUUCUUACAGGCAUGCUGUGCUAGUCCACGGACCUGAAAAGGGAACCAAGGUUUGGAGCAGAUCCAUCUCGAAUUCAUCCAUUUCGUCCACCAUAAACCCACACCACAGUUACACAAGAGCGUCUACGAAGAGUUCCAAUAUGUACAACUGUAUGCUGGUUAAUCGCCUUUGGUUCGCCGUUACUAGGGAUAUUUUAUAUGAAAAUGUGUUCUUUGAAUCAGAUGACCAGAUGGCCAAGUUUAAUCCUACGAGCUGCGAGAUCAAGUGCAAAACCAUGGUGCUGCACAAACUCAGAACCACCAAACAGAGUCAGGUGGAUUAUAUUGCUGAGCAUGUUAAUCCUAUCAACUUGAAGUGGAUAGAAUUUUACAUUUGCCCCAGAUUGGCACCUCCUACAUCCAUUUGUACAUCUGCUUUGGUGAAACUAUCAAUUCCUGGCUGCAGGUCAAUCAAUGAUGAUGAUUUAGUUUCUAUCAUUAAAAAGACUCCCAAUUUGAAGACUCUAGACCUCAGAGCAUGCGAGAUGAUCACAGAUGCUUCUCUAUACCAAGUGGCACAGUACUGCAAGAGUUUAGAGACUUUGAACGUGGGUAGACAUAUGAAAGGGGAUCUGGUCUCGGAUUACUCAAUCUGUCCCAUUGUUCGCAACUGUCCAAUUAAGACUAUCGGACUUGCUGGUUGUGGAAUCUCGAAUAGAACCAUCUGGGAGUUGGCUCUUUUGAGAGGUGAUUCUUUGGAAAGACUCAGCAUUAACCAUUGCGCUAGACUAGAUGACAUGGGACUUUGCCAGACUCUUCGCAGAGAUAUGUUUAAGAAGUUGUCUGUGCUGGAGAUUAGAGGUCUUAAUUUGUCAGAUUUUAGGUCCAUAGUCGAGUUCAAGAAACGACAAUUCAAGAGAAACAUCACAGCACUAGUGGAAAGCUGCGAGCAUUUGGAAGGUCGUAUAAGAGAGACAGAGCUGCAAAUGGAUCUGGAGAUCAGUAACAGAAUUUUCAGUGAUAUAGUUGACUGGCUUAACGAAGAUGAAGACGAGGAUGAUAAAAACUACGCCAUCUUCCGGAAAAGAAGAUCGCAGAUUAUCCACCAGAUGUAA